GUAAUCUCUCAGAGGUAGCAGAGGAGAGAGAGACACAAACGGAGCCUGGCAACUAAUGGAUUACUCUCAGACUGUUGUGAACUACACAGCAGCCAAAUGCCAUUAACCACAAGGCAAAUUCAGUACUGACAUAUUGACACACAUUUAACUACAGCCUAUAACACCCUACAAGCUCUGAACACAUUUAGAUCACAUAACAUUUGAGACAGACAGUUCUAACACUGGUCUCUUGAUCUACAUUAGCGUAAACAGACAAACUGAUUCAAUGAUCCCUCACACAAACACAGAGACAAUGGACAUGCAUGGACUUCACUGUUGAAUCAAAGGGACAAAGAUGUGAAUUGUGGUGAGGAUUUGGACACCUUUGUGAAACAUCACUGAAGAGGAUCACAAGCAAAAGCAUGGAAAGUAUCUCAGAGAAAACGGGUUGGGAUGGAUUAGGCCACUCCUCUCUGACAUCUGCGACGGCAGGAAGAAACAACCUCACUUCCUCCCUCUUCUCCGACUUCACGUCCCUCAACAGUUCUCAUGGAGGAGCAGGGUCCUACUAUUGGAUUAUCCCAGAGAACGCCUCAACCACCACGCUCCAAGCCUUACCCCAGCCCAGGGUGAGGGAUUUGGGCCUGGCCCGGGCCGAGAUAGGGGUGCUGGGCCUGGUACUGGCCCUGACUACCCUGGGAAAUGGCUUUGUACUGUGGGUGCUGCUUCGCAGGAGGAAACAAAACGCUCCCAUGCACCUGUUCAUGGUCAACCUGUGUCUUGCUGACCUGGUGGUGGCGCUGUUCCAGGUACUUCCCCAGCUGGUAUGGGACAUCACAGGAAGGUUCAAGGGGCCGGAUUUUCUUUGUCGCUCAGUAAAGUACCUGCAGAUCGUAGGGAUGUUCGCAUCCUCCUAUAUGAUCGUUGCCAUGACGGUAGAUCGGCACUAUGCCAUCUGCUGCCCACUGCAAGCCUACCGUGGUGGGUCCGUGUCGCGCUGGAACACCCCUAUCAUGACGGCCUGGGGCCUGGCCCUACUGCUCUCCAUACCACAGUUCUUCAUUUUCUCGCGGUCGGAGGUGUCUCCAGGAGAGUUUGAGUGCUGGGGUCACUUCGCUGAGCAGUGGGGGCUCAAGGCCUACAUCACCUGGAUGACCCUAGCAGUGUUCUUACUGCCAGCACUAAUCAUCACCGUCUGCCAGAUCCGGAUCUUCAGAGAGAUUCACAACAACAUCUAUCUGAAGUCAGAGAGGAUGGUGUCAGCAGAGCUCAAGAAGAACAACGCUGUCAUCUCCCUGGCCCUGACUCCCCCCUCCAUCUCCAAAGCCAUGUCUAAGACGGUGAGGAUGACUUUAGUGAUAGUGUUGGUGUACACAGUCUGCUGGUCCCCCUUCUUCAUCGUCCAGCUGUGGGCCGCCUGGGACCCCAACCCUCCAGACCAAGGCGUGGCGUUCACCAUCCUGAUGCUGCUGGCCAGUCUGAAUUCCUGUACCAACCCCUGGAUCUACACCUUCUUCAGCAGCUCUGUGUCCAGGGAGCUACAGGCCCUGUUACGCUGCAGACCAAGAACCCCGCGCAGGGGCUCCAUACCUGACGACUCCACCACCACACACACCUCCACCACCACACACACCUCCACCACCAAGGACAGCCUCUACUGACACACACACGUACGGUACCAGUCAAAAGUUUGGACACACCUACUCAUUCAAGGGUCUUUCUUUAUUUUUGCUAUUUUCUACAUUGUAGAAUAAUAGUGAAGACAUCAUAACUAUGAAACAACACAUAUGGAAUCAUGUAGUAACCAAAAAAUUGUUAUCUCAACUAUAUUUUAUAUUUGAGAUUCUUCAAAGUAGCCACCCUUUGCCUUGAUGAAAGCUUUGCACACUUUUGGCAUUCUCUCAACCAGCUUCACCUGGAAUGCUUUCCCAACAGUUUUGAAGGAGUUCCCAGAUAUGCUGAGCACUUGUUGGCUGCUUUUCCUUCACUCUGCGGUCCAACUCAUCCCAAACCAUCUCAAUUGGUUGGGUGAUUGUGCCAGGUCAUCUGAAGAAGCCAGGUCAUCUGAAGCAGCACUCCAUCACUCUCCUUCUUGGUCUAAUAGCCCAUUCACAGCCUUGAGCUGUGUUGGGUCAUUGUCCUAUUGAAAAACAAAUGAUAGUCCCACUAAGCGCAAACCAGAUGGGAUGGCGUAUCACUACAGAAUGCUGUGGUAGCCAUGCUGGUUAAGUGAGCCUUGAAUUCUAAAACAAAUCACAGACAGUGUCACCAGCAAAGCACCCCACACCAUCACACCUCCUCCUCCAUGCAUCACGGUAGAUCUCACAAAGACACGGCGGUUGGUCUCAAAUUUGGACUCAUCAGACCAAAGGACAGAUUUCCACCGGUCUAAUGUCCAUUGCUUGUGUUUCUUGGCCCAAGCAAGUCUCUUCUUAUUGGUGUCCUUUAGCAGCGGUUUCUUUGCAGCAAUUCGACCAUGAAGGCCUGACUCACACAGUAUCCUCUGAACAGUUGAUGUUGAGAUGUGUCUGUUACUUGAACUCUGUGAAGCAUUUAUUUGGGCUGCAAUUUCUGAGGCUGGUAAUGAACGUAUAGUCUGCAGCAGAGGUAACUCUGGGUCUUCCUUUCCUGUGGCGGUCCUCAUUAGAGCCAGUUUCAUCAUAGCGCUUGAUUGUUUUUGUGACUGCACUUGAAGAAACUUUAAAAGUUCUUGAAAUGUUCCAUAUUGACUGACCUUCAUGUCUUAAAGUAAUGAUGGACUGUCAUUUCCCUUUGCUUAUUUGAGCUGUUCUUGCCAUAAUAUGGACUUGGUCUUUUACCAAUCUAUCUUCUGUAUACCAAUCCCACCUUGUCACAACACAACUGAUUGGCUCAAACACAUUAAGAAGGAAAGAAAUUCCACAAAUUAACUUUUAACAAGGCGCACCUGUUAACUGAAAUGCAUUCCAGGUGACUACGUCAUGAAGCUGGUUGAGAGAACUUCAAGAAUGUGCAAAGCUGUCAUCAAGGCAAAGGGUGGCUACUUUGAAGAAUCUACAUUUUUUUGGUUACUACAUGAUUACAUAUGUAUUAUUUCAUAGUUUUGAUGUCUUCACUUUUAUUCUACAAUGUAUAAAAUUGUAAAAAUAAAGAAAAGCCUUGAAUGAGUAGGUGUGUCCAAACAUUUGACUGGUACUGUAUAUACACACGUGUAGCUAUAUAGAGAAGACACAAGCACAAAAUACACACACUCCACCGAGAACAGCUUGUACUCUCUCACACACACACACACACACACACACACACACACACACACACACACACACACACACACACACACACACACACACACACACACACACACACACACACACACACACACACACACACACACACACACA